UCUCUUGCAAAAUCCUGAGGCAACUCCGAAUAUUACUGGCGCAAUGUGGAAAAAUUUUAUUAGUAUUGUUAAUACUAGUCAUGUAUUUCAAGCUCCUGAUGCAAUCCAUUUCUUUGUUGCUUUAAGUAACGUCAAGGUUCAUUUUAUGGCUCUUGGAAUCAAAGUUGAUCCGGAUCUUUCCAAUGUCGUUACCGAAUUGUUUCAUACAAUCCAAACACUAUAUGAAUUUGCAAGUAAAGGAAUUUUUCCAAUAAAUCUUUUUCUGGGUAUUAGAAUCAUAAAAUCAAGUGAUGCUUUAUUAUCUAAUGUUUUCAACCAUGAUCCAAAAACUUUGUAUUGUCAAAUGGAUUUUGUAUCAGUUCUUGAUACUCCUGGAUGGGAAGAAUUUACACAAUUAAUAGCGCAAAGAUUUUUUUAUAAGUACAAAGCAAAACCUCAUUGGGGAAAAGAAUGGGAGUUUAUUCCAAAUGUGAAAUCUUAUCUUUCUGAUGUUUUAUCAGUUCAAAUUAAACAAUUCGAGAAA